AUGGGUUGCCCCUUUGCCCACCUUGCCUCACUGGCGUCGGCUGGCAAGACAUCCUACCACGACCGCCCAGCUGAUCCUCAGCCACGCACCAGCCAAGUCACACUCUCACAAGCCUUGCGGGAUGGAACGGCCGCCAGCCACCGACAGGUCGAGAGGUCAAAGGGUGUAUCGCUGCUGCUCAACUCGGUCACCACCGGACGUUCGGCCAAUAGUGACGAUCACCAGGACCAGGAUGCGCUCCUCUUCGACCGCAAAGACUACUUGCGCUGGCUCGUGAUGCUCGCCUCGAUCUACAUCACGCUCGAGGCCGGCUUGAGGCGUACUCAGACGGCUGAGGCGCAGAUGGUCGCGCCACUCCUGCAGCCGCUCCUGAACUCGCCCCUCCCAGCCUUGCUCGGUCGCACCCGCUCGCUUCUCCUCGACAUCGCCGCCCACCUCGCAGUCCUCGAGUCUCAUCAUGGCGCGCAGCUUGAAGACCUGGUGCAGGAGACGCGAGACACUUUCGACAUUGAUACCGCUGAGGGCAUCGACAAAGAGGCUCCCGCCAGCCGCGCUGAUCUCACCGACCUCGUCAUUUCACUGCAACCCGACGCUCUCGACUUCGCCGUCUCAGCCACUGCUACUGCUACGCCACCCCCUCCGACUUCGUGUCCUCCCACGAUUCAACUGUCGCCGGCGCACAUCGACCUCCUCACACCAGCCCAGGUCCACGCCACUCGCGGAUACGCCCGUCAUCUCGCCUCGUUCUUUUCAGACACCCACCGCAACGGCCACGACGCAGGGCCGCUCAUCGUCCAUGCGUACACGCGCUACCUGGGCGAUCUCAGCGGCGGACAGCACAUCCUCAAGAAAGUAGCGAAGCGCUGGCCGUGCGAAGUUGAGGAGCAGCCUUCUUCCGAGUCGACGGCGCUGGGCGAUGGAUUCGACUUCUACCGCUUCAAAGAGGCGGCCGCCGUACCCCUGACAACUACCGCCACAGGCGCCGCACACGCGUCAGAACCUGGACUCGACGGCCCGGGCCCGUCCGCGGCUGACCUCAAGGUGCUGUUCCGCGAUUGCAUGGACGAAGGCCUGGAUCGACACGUUGGACUCGGGGCCUCUCGCUGUGGAGCUCUGACCGCCCUCGUCAAGGAAGGCAACACGUCGUUUGAGCAGAACGCAGCGCUCUUCGAAGCUCUACUGCCGGCAAAGCACCGGAUGUCGGCCCAGGACGAUGAUGUCCUCGUUGAGGGGACCCUCCCGUCCCAUUCGCCCAUUGCUCUGCCUCAGCAGAGCGCAUCGCCUGGCCCAUCCUUGGGCUCCACGGCUCUCUCUCUCGUUCAAGCUGUGCUGCUUCCGACCUCUGCUCAAAAGGGUCGAUCGGCCAUGAGCGCAGCCAUCCCGUCCACCUUCAGCAGGUCCCUUGUCGCCCUGUUGAUCGUCCUAGUCGCAGCUUUGCUCUGGUCCACUCAGCGUCCCGUCAACUUUGCCGCUCGCGCUAUGCUCCGCGAACAUAGCAUCGCACACAACGGCACGUCGCUCCAUUGA